AUGGAACCUGAAACUGAUUUGAUGACAGAACAACAACAACAAGAAACUCAGCAAGAUGUGUUUUCUUCUGAAAAAGAAAAAGAUGAAAGAGGACCAAUGCUGGCAUCUGUUAUUAAACAUCUUUUUAAGAAGUGGAAGGAUUCUUCUAUAGUAGAAAGAGAUCAGUCUGGAGAAUUACCUAAUAAUCUUAUAAAUGAUUCAGUUAUAACAUCAUCUUUACAAGAACAGCAUUUACAAUUCCAAAGACAAUUGAUGCAACUUAAACAACAGCAACAAAUACAGCAGCAGUUGUUAUUACAGCGUUUUCAGCAACAGCAACAACAGCUUGCUGAACAACAUGAAAAACAACUACAAGAACAAAUAAAGGAAUAUAUAGAACAACAGAAACAACAUGAAGAAGAACAGAAAGUUGAACGUGAGCGUCGAGAGAAAGAAAGAUUAGAACAGCUUAAGAAAAAAGAAAAACAUGAACAAAGUGCUAUUGCAUCAUCAGAAGUAAAGCAAAGAUUGCAAGAAUUUGUUUUAAGUAAGAAACAAAGAGAAGCUGCUGCAGGUGGUGCAAGCGGAGCAAGAUCUAAUUAUCGUAAUUGGUCUAGGAAGCAUGCAUCUCUUGAUCAACCAUCUCCUCCAUCAGCAAGUUCAAUCUCACCUCGUUGCAAACAUGCAUUAUUGGGAAAAUAUGAUGAUGAUUUUCCACUGAGAAAAACAGCAUCUGAACCAAACCUUAAAGUUCGUUCAGUUUUGAAACAAAAAGUUCUUGAAAGACGUAGCAGUCCUUUGCUAAGACGUAAAGAUAAAGGCCCCAUUCCACUGAAAAGGAGACCACCUACAA